AUGCUCACUAAAUUUGAUUUUAAAUUCAAAUUAGCAUAUUAUCAAACAUAUGAUUGGGUUAACGCGGGCAUUAUACUUGCUCCUUUCCAAACAUCAUUUUGGAUUGAUCAAGAACGACAAUGGUUCGUAACCUUUGAUCGUCAAUCAUUGAGUCUUUUCACUGUACCUCGAUUUGCUCCAACGAUCUGUUCACAUCUGUCAAAGCCAAUUUUACAUCAUACAACAACUUUACCUAGAGAGCAACAUGGUAUAUUUUAUGAUCAUAUCACUGAACUCAUUAUUGAUAAUACUAGAGAACUUAAAGCUAUUUGUGAAUAUGCAUGUUUUGAAUCUACUUUAACAUAA